AUGGCUAAAUACGAGACCCGGCACUUUAUCGACGGACAGUUCGUCGACAGGCAAAGCUCCAAAACCUUUGACGUCACUAACCCUUGCGAUGGCAAGGUGGUUGCCACCCUUCCUGCCGCCUGCGAAGAGGACAUCUCCUUCGCAGUCGCGGCGGCGGCGAGAGCUCAGCCUGCCUGGGCCGCUCUUGCCGCCAGCAAGCGCGCAGGCAUACUCAGGAAGUUCUCCGACUUGAUGGCAGAAAAUGCAUCCAAGUUGGCGGAGCUUGACGCAAUAUGCAUGGGCAAGCCGAUCUCUGCACAUCGCGGAGAGGUUGAGACGGCAUGCGACAUUACCAAUUUCUUCGCCGGCCAAGUCGAGCAGGCAUACGGGCAAACGUCUCUAAAUGCACCUCACCACCUCAAUAUCUCACUCCGCCAGCCUUUUGGUGUUGUUGCCGCCAUUGUUCCUUGGAACUUUCCCACCAUGAUUUGGUGUCACGAAGUACCCCCUGCGUGCGGUGCAGGUAACGCGAUAAUCUUGAAGACGUCAGAGAAGAGUCCGUUAAGUGGGUUGUUCCUCGCUCAACUCGCGCUCGAUGCAGGUUUCCCUCCUGGAAUUGUAAACGUAGUGUCAGGCGCAGGACCGACCGGCGAGUUGCUCUCUUCUCACAUGACGAUUCGCAAAAUCAGUUUCACUGGAUCUGUCCGAGCUGGGCGAGCUGUCAUGCAAGCGGCUGCUCGUUCGAACCUUAAGUCCGUUUGUCUCGAACUGGGAGGGAAGUCUCCCCUUAUUGUUUUCGCCGAUGCCGACCUCGAGUCGGCAGCUGAACUGGCUACAACGUCAAUAACGUACAAUUCCGGUCAGGUCUGCACUGCUUCUUCCCGUGUAUACGUACAGAAAGGGGCCGCAGACUCCUUCAAGAAGCUACUGGUGACUCGGUUCAAAUCGCUAAGGCUAGGCUCUCCUAACAGUAAAGGAACAGACCUUGGUCCGCAAGCCGACGUGUCACAGGCGAAAGCAGUCGCGAGCUAUCUAGAUAUUGGAAAACGUGAUGGGACUGUCCUAACCGGCGGAGAAAAGUCACAGACCGGCUCAAACUACAUUGAACCAACUAUUUUUGCAGGGGUGCCGGACGACAGUCGCAUUAAUGUGGAAGAAGUGUUCGGACCAGUCCUGGUCUUGCAUGAGUUCGAUACCGAAGAAGAAGUCGUGGCGCGUGCCAAUGAUACCGAAUAUGGCUUGUACGCCUCGGUCUUCAGCUCUAAUAUCGACACAGCUCUUCGUGUUGCUCGUGCUUUAGAGGCUGGCAAUGUUGGGGUCAACUGCACAUCGCCAUUCGACUCAUAUGAGUUACCAUUUGGUGGUUAUAAAUCCUCGGGCAUUGGACGCUCUAAGGGUUCAAAUGCAGUUUUGUCCUGGCUCGAGGAGAAAUCUGUGUACAUUAGACAAAAGCCGGCACCUGGGAAAUAA